CUCCCCGUCUCCAAUAUGGCGGCCUCCAGGGGCGCAAGCCGCACGUGAGAUUCGGGUUGGACACCAGGGCCUCCGAGAACGCAAGUGUGUCCGCCAGUUUCCGCUCCCUACCUGUGGUUGCAUCCCUUCGACCCUUCCCCAAGCGCUCGUGGGCCCUGCCCCGUUGCAGUCAUGAAGACAAAGCCCGUUUCCCACAAGACCGAGAACACACACCGGUUUCUUACAUUUGCUGAACGAUUGGGGAAUGUGAACAUCGAUAUCAUUCACCGCAUCGAUAGAACGGCAAGCUAUGAUGAGGAGGUUGAAACCUACUUUUUUGAGGGUCUACUGAAAUGGAGAGAAUUGAACCUUACGGAACACUUUGGAAAAUUUUACAAAGAAGUUAUUGACAAAUGUCAGUCAUUCAAUCAGCUGGUCUAUCAUCAAAAUGAGAUAGUUCAGAGUUUGAAGACUCACCUGCAAAUCAAGAACAGUUUUGCCUAUCAACCCCUUUUGGAUUUGGUUGUACAGUUGGCAAGAGACCUGCAAACAGACUUCUAUCCACAUUUCCGGGACUUUUUUGUGACUAUUACCUCAAUCUUGGAGACUCAGGACACCGAGUUGUUAGAAUGGGCUUUCACCUCACUGUCGUAUCUUUACAAGUACCUGUGGAAGCUCAUGGUGAAGGACAUGCCUAGUAUAUACAGGAUGUAUAGUACCCUCCUGGCUCAUAAAAAACUACAUAUAAGAAAUUUUGCUGCUGAAAGCUUUACUUUUUUGAUGAGAAAGGUUUCUGAUAAAAACAUACUUUUCAAUUUAAUGUUUCUUGAUCUUGAUGAACAUCCCACAAAGGUAGAAGGAGUUGGACAGUUGCUCUUUGAAAUGUGCAAAGGAGUGAGAAAUAUGUUUCACUCCUGUACAGGAAAGGCAGUGAAGCUAAUUUUGCAAAAACUAGGACCAGUUACUGAAACAGAAACUCAACUACCAUGGAUAUUAGUUGGAGAAACACUGAAAACCAUGGUCAGAUCUGCUGCGUGCUACAUCCACAAGGAACAUUUUGGUAUAUUUUUUGAAUGUUUGCAGGAAUCACUCCUGGAUCUACAUACAAAAAUAACACAAACUAACUGUAGUGAGUGUUCUGAACAGAUUAAAAGGUUGUUAGAAACAUAUCUGAUACUUGUGAAAUAUGGAAAUGGAUCAAAGAUAACCAAGCCUGUUGAUGUUUGUAAGGUAUUGUCCCAAACAUUACAAAUAGCCCAUCUCUCCACAUCUUGCCGGAAAAGCCUCUUGGAUGUAAUUUCUGCUUUGAUCCUAGGCGAAAAUGUUUCCUUGCCAGAGGCCCUCAUCAAAGAAACCAUAGAAAAAACUUUUGAGAGCCAAUUUGAAAGACGUUUAAUUUUGGAUUUUUCUGAAGUCAUGUUUGCUAUGAAGCAGUUUGAGCAGCUUUUUCUACCCAGUUUUCUCUUCUACAUUGAGCAUUGCUUCUUGAUUGAUGACGCUGCAGUCAGAGAUGAAGCCCUAGCCAUUUUGGCCAAGCUCAUUCUGAACAAAGCUGCACCUCCCACGGCUGGCUCCAUGGCAAUUGAGAAGUACCCUCUGGUUUUCUCACAGCAGACAGUGGAAUCCUAUAUAAAGCAGAAGACCAGAUCCAAGGGAGAAAAGGAACAGAACCCAGUGUUGGACCACCUCUUAUCUAUAAUUCAGUUACCCCCAAAUAAAGAUACUACUUUCCUUUCACAUUCUUGGGCGACUCUUGUCGUGUUACCUCAUAUUAGACCUCUUGAGAAAGAGAAGGUGAUACCAUUAGUCACAUGCUUCAUAGAGUCACUCUUCAUGGCUGUUGACAGAGGAAGCUUUGGUAAAGGAAACUUAUUUGUUCUCUGUCAAGCUGUAAAUACUCUGCUAAGUUUGGAAGAAUCUUCUGAACUUCUUAAUUUGGUUCCCGUGGAACGUGUGAAGAAUUUAGUAUUAAUGUUUCCAUUGGAGCCGUCUGUGUUGCUGUUGGCUGAUCUCUAUUAUCAGAGAUUAUCCUUGUGUGGCUGCAAAGGGCCAAUUUCUGAAGAAGCUUUGAUGGAAUUAUUUCCCAAAUUACAAGCAAACAUUUCAACUGGCAUAUCCAAGAUCCGGCUUUUAACAAUAAGGAUCCUAAAUCACUUCGAGGUUCGACUUCCGGAACUAAUGGAGGAUGACGGGCUCUCGGAGCAUCAGUCUGCCUUUGCUAUACUACGCCAGGCAGAACUUGUCCCAGCAACUGUGAAUGAUUACAGAGAGAAGCUUCUUCACUUGAGAAAACUAAGACAUGAUGUGGUACAGACUGCAGUCCCUGAUGGGCCGUUACAGGAGGUGCCACUUCGUUAUUUAUUAAGCAUGUUGUACAUUAACUUCAGUGCUCUCUGGGAUCCUGUCAUUGAACUCAUAAGCUCUCAUGCACAUGAAAUGGAAAAUAAAAAAUUUUGGAAAGUUUACUAUGAACAUCUAGAAAAAGCAGCUACGCAUGCGGAGAAAGAACUGCAAAAUGAUAUAAGAGAUGAGGAGGAGCCCUUUGGAAGUGAAAGCUGGGAGCAGACUCAGGAAGGAGAUGUCGGAGCGCUUUAUCUUGAGCAGUUGUCAUUGAAAACCAACUGUCAGGAAAGACUGGACCAUACGAAUUUUCGAUUUUUGCUGUGGCAGGCUCUGGCGAAAUUCCCAGAAAGGGUAGAGCCACGGUCCAGGGAGCUUUCCCCACUUUUCUUGAGAUUCAUCAACAAUGAGUAUUACCCUGCAGACCUGCAGGUUGCGCCAACCCAGGAUCUGAGACGAAAAAGCAAAGCAGUGGCGCUCGAGGAAACGGAAGAAGAACCUGCUGCUGGAGACGAUGAAGAGCUGGAGGAAGAGGUGGUGCCCCAAAAUGAACCCUCACAGAAGAAAAGGACAAGAAGAGCUGCAACAAAGCAGUUAAUUGCUCAUUUGCAAGUUUUCUCUAAGUUUUCAAAUCCACGGGCCUUGUAUCUGGAAUCCAAAUUAUAUGAGCUUUAUCUUCAGUUGUUGCUACACCAAGAUCAAACAGUUCAAAAAAUCACCCUGGAUUGUAUAAUGACGUAUAAACAUCCACAUAUCCUCCCUUACAGGGAAAACUUGCAAAGAUUGCUUGAAGACAGAAGCUUUAAGGAAGAGAUAGUUCACUUUAGCAUUUCAGAAGAUAAUGCAGUAGUGAAAACAGCCCACCGAGCAGAUCUGUUUCCUAUUCUGAUGAGGAUUUUGUAUGGUCGAAUGAAGAAUAAGACUGGGAGUAAAACUCAGGGCAAAUCUGCUUCAGGCACCCGCAUGUCCAUUGUUCUGAGGUUCCUCGCCGGGACCCAACCUGAGGAGAUCCAAAUAUUCUUAGACCUGCUGUUUGAACCUGUGAAGCACUUCAAAAAUGGAGAAUGCCAUUCUGCAGUCAUUCAGGCAGUAGAAGAUUUGGAUUUGUCUAAAGUCCUUCCUUUAGGUCGCCAGCAUGGUGUCUUAAAUAGCCUUGAAAUAGUAUUGAAGAACAUUAGUCAUCUGAUCAGCGCAUACUUACCAAAGAUUUUGCAGAUACUGCUCUGCAUGACAGCAACUGUAUCACACAUCCUUGAUCAGCGAGAAAAGAUACAGCUGAGGUUUAUCAACCCACUGAAAAAUUUAAGACGUCUUGGAAUCAAAAUGGUAACUGCUAUCUUUUUGGACUGGGAGUCCUAUCAGUUCAGGACAGAAGAAAUUGAUGCAGUAUUUCAUGGUGCAGUUUGGCCCCAGAUCAGCAGGCUCGGAUCUGAGAGUCAGUAUUCUCCUACUCCUCUGCUGCAACUAAUAAGUGUCUGGAGCAGAAAUGCAAGAUACUUCCCUUUGCUGGCUAAACAGCGACCUGGGCACCCAGAAUGUGACAUCCUCAUCAAUGUUUUUGCGACUCUCUCAGCAAAGAAUCUCUCUGAAGCCACAGCCAGUAUCGUGAUGGAGAUAGUCGAUGACCUUCUUUCCCUUCCAGACUUUGAGCCCACAGAAUCACUUUCGAGCUUGCCCGUGACUGGAUGUGUGUACCCCGAAAGUGCAGAUGAGUCUAUUACAGUAGGAGGACGAUUAAUUCUACCUCAUGUGCCCGCAAUUCUCCAAUAUCUCAGCAAAACCACAAUAAGUGCAGAAAAGGUGAAAAAGAAAAAGAACAGGACACAAGUCAGUAAGGAACUUGGCAUUCUUUCAAAGAUCAGCAAAUUUAUGAAAGACAAAGAACAGAGUUCUCUGCUCAUUACACUGCUGCUUCCUUUCCUCCAGCGCGGCAACAUUCCUCAGGAUACAGAGGUUGAUAUCCUGGUGACAAUACAAAACCUGUUAAAGCAUUGCCUGGAGCCUGCAAGCUUCCUCAAGCCUCUAGCAAAACUCUUCUCAGUUAUUAAAAACAAGCUGUCAAGACAAUUGCUUUGUACAAUUUUCCAGACUCUUUCUGAUUUUGAGAGUGGGUUAAAAUAUAUUACUGACAUUGUCAAGCUCAAUGCCUUUGAUCAAAGACAUCUUGAUGACAUCAACUUUGAUGUUCGCUUCUCAGCGUUCCAGACCAUCACCUCUUAUAUUAAAGAGAUGCAGACUGUGGAUGUUAACUACCUCAUUCCAGUGAUGCAUAAUUGUUUCUAUAAUCUGGAGUUAGGAGACAUGUCUUUAAGUGAUAAUGCCAGCAUGUGCUUGAUGACUAUCAUCAAAAAGCUAGCCGCCUUGAAUGUCACAGAGAAAGAUUAUAGGGAAAUCAUUCGUUUGCUCCUUGAGAAACUGAGGAAAGGAUUGAAGAGCCCUAUAGAGAGUAUUCAACAGGAUUAUACCACACUGCUUUCCUGUUUAAUUCAAACCUUUCCAAAUCAACCAGAAUUUGAAGACUUGGUACAGCUUACUGACUGCCAUGAUAUGGAAAUGGACUUCUUUGAGAAUAUGAAGCACAUUCAGAUCCACAGAAGAGCAAGAGCCCUGAAGAAAUUGGCAAAACAACUAAUGGAAGGCAAAAUCAUGCUGUCUUCUAAAUCGCUUCAGAAUUACAUCAUGCCUUAUGCCAUGACUCCAAUUUUUAAUGAGAAAAUGCUCAAGCAUGAAAAUAUAACCAUUGCUGCCACAGAGAUUAUUGGAGCCAUUUGCAGACUUCUCCCUUGGUCAGCAUAUUUAUAUUACUUGAAACAUUUCAUCCACGUCUUACAGGCAGGACAGAUCAGUCAAAAGUUGGGUGUCAGCUUGCUAGUAAUUGUGUUAGAAGCAUUCCACUUUGACCACAGAACUCUUGAAGGACAAAUGAGAAGAAUUCAGAAUGAAGAAAACACAACAGAAUUGAUUGAAUUACCUGAGCCUGAAGCCGUGGAACUAGAGCAUUCAGAUGAGGAAGAGAUGGAAAAUAGAUGUGAGAGUGUGUCAGGCAACAACGAAGAACGAGGAAACCCUGAUCCAGUCACUUGUGAAGGAACAUCAGCUGAGGAAACUGAAUGUAUCACCAAGUCCUUCUCUUCCCUUCCACGUAAUAAGGAAGAGUUGGAGAGAACAAUUAAAAAUAUCCAAGGAACCAUAACUGGGGAUAUCCUACCCAGGCUACAUAAAUGCCUGGCAUCUACGACUAAAAGGGAAGAAGAACACAAGCUCAUAAAAUCCAAGGUUGUGAAUGAUGAGGAGGUGGCUCGUGUUCCUUUAGCUUUUGCCAUGGUUAAACUAAUGCAGUCCCUUCCACGAGAAGUUAUGGAAACCAAUCUGCCAAGCGUUUUGCUGAAAGUGUGUGCCCUCCUCAAGAAUAGAGCACAAGAAAUCAGAGACAUUGCACGCAGCACUCUUGGAAAAAUAAUAGAAGAUUUGGGUGUGCACUACCUGCAAUAUGUUUUUAAAGAAUUACAAACUACCCUUGUCCGUGGAUAUCAGGUCCACGUACUGACUUACACUGUUUACAUGUUGCUGCAUGGCCUUACCAACAAGCUACAAGUUGGAGAUUUGGACUCUUCUUUAGAUAUAAUGAUUGAGAUUUUUAAUCACGAGCUGUUUGGUGCCAUUGCUGAAGAGAAGGAAGUAAAGCAGAUCCUCUCCAAAGUCAUGGAGGCACGAAGAAGCAAGAGUUAUGAUUCUUACGAAAUCCUGGGCAAGUUUGUAGGAAAAGAUCAGGUUACAAAACUUAUCCUUCCGCUAAAAGAGAUCUUACAAAAUACCACGAGUUUAAAACUGGCCCGGAAAGUUCAUGAGACCUUACGCCGAAUUAUUGCAGGAUUAAUUGUAAAUCAGGAAAUGACAGCAGAAUCCAUUCUUUUGCUCAGUUAUGGUUUGGUCAGUGAAAAUCUCCCCCUGUUAACAGAGAAAGAAAAAAAUCCAGCGGCCCCUGCCCCAGAUCCACGCCUGCCACCCCAGAGCUGUCUUCUCCUCCCCCCAGCUCCGGUCCGAGGUGGGCAGAAGGCUGUUGUGAGCAGGAAGACCAACAUGCACAUAUUUAUUGAGUCUGGGCUUCGGCUCCUGCAUCUGAGCCUGAAGACUUCCAAGAUCAAGUCUUCAAGUGAACGCGUUCUAGAAAUGUUGGAUCCCUUUGUGUCUCUCCUCAUAGACUGCCUGGGCUCCAUGGAUGUGAAGGUGAUCACAGGUGCGUUACAGUGCCUGAUCUGGGUCUUGAGGUUCCCUCUGCCGUCCAUAGAAACCAAAGCGGAGCAGCUGACGAAACACCUCUUCCUUUUGCUGAAGGACUAUGCAAAGCUUGGGGCUGCCAAGGGGCAGAAUUUCCACCUGGUGGUAAAUUGUUUCAAGUGUGUGACCAUACUUGUGAAGAAAGUGAAGUCUUACCAGGUAACUGAAAAGCAGCUUCAGGUUCUGCUAGCAUAUGCUGAGGAGGACAUUUAUGAUACAUCCAGACAAGCCACUGCAUUUGGUCUCCUAAAGGCCAUUUUAUCAAGGAAGUUGCUGGUUCCAGAAAUCGAUGAUGUCAUGCGGAAAGUAUCCAAGUUGGCAGUUUCUGCACAAAGCGAACCUGUCCGAGUCCAGUGCAGACAGGUUUAUCUGAAAUACAUUCUUGACUAUCCCUUGGGUGAUAAAUUGAGACCAAACUUGGAAUUCAUGCUCGCUCAACUGAAUUACGAACAUGAGACGGGGAGAGAGUCCACCUUGGAAAUGAUUGCUUAUCUCUUUGACACAUUCCCUCAGGGACUGCUGCACGAGAACUGCGGGAUGUUCUUUAUUCCCCUCUGUCUAAUGAUGGUGAAUGAUGGCUCGGCCACGUGUAAGAAGAUGGCAUCCAUGACGAUCAAAUCCUUACUCAGUAAAAUCAGCCUUGAGAAAAAAGACUGGCUUUUCGAAAUGGUCACCAACUGGUUUGGAGCAAAGAAGAGAUUAAAUAGACAACUAGCUGCCAUGGUCUGUGGCUUGUUUGCGGAAAGCGAAGGAGUCACUUUUGAAAGAAGGCUUGGAACUGUUCUCCCUGUGAUUGAGAAGGAAAUUGACCCUGAAAACUUUGAGGAUAUCAUGGAAGAGACUGAAGAAAAAGCUGCAGACCGCCUUCUGUUUAGUUUUCUUACUCUGAUAAGCAAACUCAUCAAGGAGUGUAACAUUAUUCAGUUCACCAAACCCUCUCAGACUUUGAGCAAAAUCUGGAGUCACGUGCACGCUCACCUGAGACACCCGCACAACUGGGUGUGGCUCACUGCAGCCCAGAUUUUUGGAUUGCUCUUUGCCUCUUGCCAACCAGAAGAGCUUAUUAGAAAACGAAAUAUCAAAAAAACUAAAAGGAAACUCUCAGAACCUGUAGCAGUCAGGUUCCUAACAAGUGACCUUCACCAAAAGAUGAGAAGUAUCUCCCUAGCUUCUUGCCAUCAGUUGCAUUCCAAAUUCUUGGACCAGUCUCAGGGAGAGCAGGUGGUUAAGAAUUUGUUGUUUGUAGCCAAAGUCUUGUAUUUACUGGAACCUGAUUCUGGGGUUAAACAAGGUGAGAUAAAAAAAGACAACGAAGAACAAGCAGCUGCAGAAUAUGGUGUAGCCAAAAAGGAAGCAGAACAAGAGGCCUAUGCAGAUGAGAAGGCGGAAUCUGACAAAGAGGAGAAUGAAGAGGGGAAGGAAGAGCAGAGCAAACCAGCCACGCUGCUGUGGUUGAUUCAGAAGUUGUCUCGGAUUGCAAAACUGGAAGCUGCCUACUCACCUAGAAACCUUUUAAAGAGAACAUGCAUCUUUAAGUUUCUCGGAGCCGUGGCUAUGGAUCUCGGAGCAGACAAGGUGAAGCCGUAUCUCCCGGUGAUAAUAGCUCCUUUGUUCCGGGAACUGAACAGCACCUAUUCGGACCAGGAUCCUUUGCUGAAGAAUCUAUCCCAGGAAAUCAUAGAAUUACUCAAAAAGCUGGUUGGACUGGAGAGCUUCUCACUAGCCUUUGCCUCUGUUCAGAAACAGGCUAGUGAGAAAAGGGCGCUCCGGAAAAAGAGGAAGGCUUUGGAGUUUGUAACUAAUCCCGAUAUUGCCGCCAAGAAGAAGCUGAAGAGACACAAAAAUAAAAGUGAAGCAAAGAAAAGAAAGAUAGAGUUCCUGCGUCCAGGCUACAAGGCCAAGAGACAGAAGAGCCACAGCCUGAAAGAUUUGGCGAUGGUGGAGUGACGCGCUCCCUGGGCUGCCGGUGUCCAGCGCACCCCAAAGCACGGACUGCGCGGUGUGUCUGCCGGUCAGACAUCGUAGCAGGUUUCAUUAUUUAAGCUAAACUUUAGCAGAGAUUGUAUAGUAUACAGUUUAAUAUAAUCAUG